AUGGUGACACCGUCAUACCCAGGCAACUCCGAAAAGGGGUCGGAGCUAGGCGAUUCGGUAUCUGGCGACGAUCUUAAAGACCCAUCGGUACUACAAGAAAAACCGCAGGUAAAAUCCCCGAGGCCGAGAUUGUGAGUAGUUUGCACUCACUCGACAUACCAGAAGAAAGCCGAUGCCUUCGCGACCCGAGCACGAGGACGUGAUUGCGGUUUCCCAAUUUUCGUGCUGACCCCUGCCCACAUUGUCCAAAUCUAGCAUUCCCUUCCUCGGACGUGUGCAGCCGCGCGACCCAUACCCCUCGCUCGACGAGGCCGCGGACUGGCCCAAGCCGUCGUUGCUCUCGAUAUGGACGUUCCAGUGGAUCCAACCUUUGCUCAUUGUCGGCUACCAGCGCACGCUCGUCGCGACGGACCUGUGGAAGCUGCCUCCGUCGAUGGAGUGCGGUCCCCUCGCGGACCAGCUGAUGGAGCACUUUGAGCGCCGCCGCAAAGAGGUCGAGGCGUGGAACCAAUCGCUUGAUGACGGGUCCUUCAAGCCGUCGAUCCUGCGUCGUGGGUGGUGGAAGAUGCGAGCCUCGAUCGGCCUCGGCGCAGCGGAUGGACGACGGAAGCCGGGCCUGGCCCUGGCGUUGAGCGACACGUUCAAGUACCAGUUCUGGAGUGCCGGUAUGAUCAAGGUCGUCGCUGACACCGCCCAAGUGACUUCGCCACUCGUCGUCAAGGCCAUCAUCCAGUUCAGUACCAAGGCCUACAAUCAUGCCAAGGGCGUCCCCGGCUAUGAGGCCCAGCCCGUCGGCUAUGGCCUCGGUCUCGCCUUCACCAUUUGCAUAAUGCAGUUGAUUCGUUCGACAUGCAAUAAUCAACACCUUUCCCGUGCCGGUAACACCGGCGUGCUCGCUCGCGGUACUCUCAUCGCCUUGAUUUAUCGGCAGUCCAUGUUGCUGUCAGCCAAGGCAAGGACGGUCAUGACGAACGGACGCCUCGUCAACCACAUUGGGACCGACGUUUCAAGGAUCGACAAUGCGGCUUUCCUCUUCCAUAUGACUUGGACGGCGCCUGUUCAAAUGACAGUCAUCGUAAUCAUACUGCUCGUCAAUCUCGGCCCCAGUUCACUCGCUGGCUUCCUCUUCCUUGCACUGGCAAUCCCUCUGCAAGCUUGGGCAAUGACGAAGAUGCUCGCGGCGCGAGAGAGAAUCAUGGUCUGGACCGACAAGCGAGCCAAGUAUAUCCAAGAAUUGAUCGGAGGCCAGCGUAUCAUCAAGUUCUUCUGCUGGCAACAACCAUACCUCGCCAAGGUCGGUGGAAUACGCGCUGCAGAGAUGUCCCACCUCAAAGGAUUGCUCGCCAUGCGAGCUGCCAGUUCCGCUUUCGCCACAUGCCUGCCCACGUUGGCGAGCGUCAUCGCCUUUCUCGUAUAUGGCGGCACUGGCCACUCUCAGAACCCGGCCAUCAUCUUCACCUCAUUAACGUUGUUCAAUCUGCUCAAUCUGCCGCUGACCCUACUGCCGACCGGGCUGGCACACAUGAUGGAUGCACACAACGCAUUGGGCAGGAUCAUCGAGGUUCUUCUUGCUGAGAAAAGAGCGGACAGUUUCAAGUAUGAUAGCUCUUCGGCGUACGCCAUUCAAGUCCACGACGCCGACUUUCAAUGGGAAGGACUACCUCCUGCCGAGAGCGCGGCCGAAUCGAAAAAUCAGAAGGCCACGUCUAAAAGGAAGAAUAUUGUCGAGAGCAAGGCAAAGGAAGCAAAAGGUUUCCCGCCCGUCAAUACACCAUCCCCAUCGCAACACGAUCAUCCGGCCGAGGAAGAGGAGCUGAUGCAGUUGUGCAACAUCAACUUGCGCAUCGCAAAGGGUCAGCUUUGUGCAAUCGUCGGCCCCAUCGGAGCCGGCAAGAGUUCGCUAUUGCAGGCCUUGGUCGGCGAGAUGAAGCGCACUCGGGGCUCGGUCACCUUCAACGGCUCGCUCGCGUACGCACCGCAGGUCGCCUGGAUGCAGAGCGUGUCGUUGCGCGACAACGUGCUCUUCGGUCAGCCCUACGACCAGGCCCGUUACGAACGCGCGAUCACGAACGCGUGCCUCGACGCCGAUAUCGAAAUGCUGCCCUUUGGUGACGCGACCGAGAUCGGCGAGAAGGGUGUGACGCUUUCGGGUGGGCAGAAGCAGCGCGUCAACAUUGCGCGUGCGCUCUACUAUGACGCGGACAUUGUGCUGCUCGACGACCCGCUCUCGGCCGUCGAUGCUCACGUCGGCAAGGCUCUGUUCGACGAUGCGAUCUGCGGUGCGCUGAAGGACCGCACGCGCGUGCUCGUGACUCACGCCGUGCACUUCUUGCCUCGCGUUGACUGGAUCAUCACGAUCGACCAGGGCCGGAUCCAGCAGGAGGGCACGUACGCGGAUCUGAUCGCGGACAAGGAUGGGCCCUUUUCUAAGAUGAUCGCCGAGUUUGGCGGCGACGCGACCGAGAAGCGCGAGGAGGAGGAGGAAGUUGAAGAGGAUGCGAUCGAGGCCGCCGGGGACGAGCUCGUGGACGCGCCGAAGAAGAGCAAGAAAAAGGGCAAAGGGCUGAUGCAAGAGGAGGAGCGUGCGACGGGAGCAGUCGACGGCGGGGUCUAUAUGGCCUUCCUGCGUGCGGCCAAGGGCCACGUUACGGUGCCGUUGCUCAUCCUCAGUCUGGCGCUCGCCCAAGGCGCGCAAGUGCUCGGCUCCUAUUGGCUCGUGUGGUGGCAGGAAGAGUGAGUUGCUUACCCUCCGCGGCGAUGUGUCCAGGCGCUGUUGUUCAUUUGAUCGAGAACUGAGCAGUCCUCCCUCCCCUAUGCUUCAGUCACUUUCACUCUCCCAACGGCUUAUACAUGGGUGUUUACGCCCUUCUCGGUGUCGCCCAGGCGGUCUUGACUUUCGCUAUGACUUUGGCGGGCGUCAUCCUCGGCUACAACGCCUCAAAGUCUCUGCACCAGCAGGCGCUUACAUCGAUCAUGCAUGCUUCAAUGGCAUUUUUUGAUACGACCCCACUAGGUCGCAUCAUGAACAGGUGCGCCCAUGAACUCCGCCAACCUCGCUUGACGGCGGUGUCCGUCAGAGUUGCUGAUGGUGUUCCGCUUCCACGUGCCCUGCAUAGGUUCUCGAAGGACAUCGACUCAAUCGACAAUGAGCUCAACGAUUCUAUAGAAGGGGCGCUCGAAUUAAGCGGCUCCGUGAUCGGGGCUGUCAUCCUCGUGUCCAUCGUCGUACCGUAUUUCCUCGUCGUCGUUGCCUUCCUCCUAUGUGCCUAUUUCUACGUGGGCAGCUUUUAUAGGACCUCGGCACGCGAGAUCAAACGACUGGGUGAGCACACCAUUGAUGGACUGCCUAGCAGUGUUGAACGAGGCAGUGUCCCUUCCUGGGCUAACUCGGGUUUCAUUCUUCCGCUGCAGAUAACUUGCUGCGGUCAUCUAUCUACGCUCACUUCAGCGAGAGUUUGACCGGCCUCGCAACGAUCCGAGCUUUCGGAGAGUCCGGCAAGGUAUGUUCAUGCGGGGAAACAUACAUCCUCGGACGAUUCUUACGUAGACUGAUUCUCAAAUGUGGAGUAAACAGUUCCUGAAAGUGAACGAAAAGUACAUCGACAUCGAAAAUCGCGCGUACGCCUUGACGGUCUUCAAUCAGCGGUGGCUCCAAAUUCGACUCGACGCAUUCGGCACCGUUCUCGUCCUUCUCGUAGCACUGUUCACUGUCGUCGCGAGGAAUUCGGUAUCUCCUGCUCAGACUGGUUUACUAUUGGCAACCAUCAUCUCGGUUCAGGGGGCAUUCUCGUGGUUGGUCACCGUGUUGGCUCAAGUCGGUGCGUUGAUGCUUUGGUCCCUUCUGGGAGUUGGUUGUCUGACGUUGGGCUUCAACUGUCAACACAGAGAACGAUAUGAACUCGGUCGAGCGUGUGCUGCACUACGCCAACAACCUCGAGCAAGAGGCGCCGUCCGACAUCGAGGAGACGCGCCCGGACCCGAGUUGGCCUGCGCACGGCGCGAUCGAGUUCGAGAACGUCUUCAUGUCGUACCGCCCGGAGCUACCGCCGGUCCUCAAGGGGCUCAGUCUCCGUAUCGAGGGCGGGCAGAAGAUUGGUGUCGUCGGCAGGACCGGUGCGGGCAAAUCGACGAUUCUGCAGUGCCUGUUCCGCAUGGUCGAGCUGCAGUCGGGCAAGAUUUCGAUCGACGGCAUCGACAUUUCGAAGCUCGGGUUGAACCAACUGCGCGAGAAGAUUGCGAUCAUCCCGCAGGAUGCGCUUCUGUUCAGUGGAACGCUUCGGUCGAACCUCGACCCGUUCAACGUUUACGAGGACAGUGUGCUGUGGGACGCGAUGAGGCGAGCGUACCUCGUCGACCAGGUCCCCGCCGGCGAAGUCGCCUCGGCCACGGCCACCACCACAACCGCCACCGCCACCGCCACCGCCACCGCAGCAACGGGAGACGAGACCGCGGUGACGGCAGCGACGACGGCGACGAGCCGAUUCACGCUCGACAUGGUCAUCGAAGACGAAGGGCUCAAUUUGUCCGUCGGUCAACGUAGUCUAGUCUCGCUCGCGCGCGCGCUCGUCAAGGACAGCCGGGUGAUCGUGCUCGACGAAGCGACGGCCUCGGUCGAUCUCGCGACCGACAGCCACAUCCAGCAGACGAUCCGCAGCGAAUUCAACGACAAGACGCUGUUGAUCAUUGCACACCGACUGCGUACCAUCAUUGACUGCGAUCGCGUGCUCGUCAUGUCCGAAGGCCAGGUCGCCGAGUACGACACGCCGAUCAACCUGUUCCGCAACAAGGACGGCAUCUUCUCUUCGAUGUGCAGCCGCAGCAACAUCAGCGAGGCCGACAUCCUGCGCAAGGCCGCCUUUUAA